AUGAUUGACGUAGCGUGGUUUUGUGCAUUUGCGAUCCGUUGUGUAUAUUGGCUGGUAUUGCUUGCAUGCAAUUUCCUUGGAUAUUCGACGCUAUGGGCUCAUCGCGAGAUAAAACAACGAGGAGAACGAUAUAGCAGUAACCGUUGUAAAAUCCCUGCUCAUGUUGCUAUAAUCAAUAAUGAAGGGGAAAUGUUGGUUUCUCUUCUAGAGACUGCUUUGAUUGAAAAUAUCCGGCGAAUGACUAUAUAUGAUGCGAUAAAUUCGUAUGCUUACCUUGCAGAAGAGAUUAAAGGAUUUUGUAAAUUAAAACAUAUCAAGAUCAUAGUGGGCUGCCACGCAAACGCUAGGGUCGAUUUUACAUCGUAUCGACUCGUUCUACAAUUACUUUCUGCUGAUUGUGGACGUUCCAUACUUGUAAAGUCAUGCCGAGAGAUGUCAUCGUCGAACAAGGCAAUCACAACAGAUUGUGUCAGCUCGCAUUUGACCAAAAAUUACGCGCUCUCUGAGCCAGAUCUUCUCAUACAGGUCGGCAAUAUACCUUCAGUUUCUGGCUAUCCUCCUUGGUGUCUACGAGUAAGUGAAAUCGUGCCUGUGCGAUCCUUGCCGAGUAGUCGAUUCGCAUUCGCAGAAUGCCUUGGAGCAUUCAACAAAAGGGACAUUCGAUUAGGAAAGUAA